CUCCUGUGCCUAGCAUUCUUUCAGGGGGUAGAUUUUUUUUCCCCAGCAGAACUGGAAAGGAGCUAUUCUUCUGUCUUUUUGGCGAGGGGGAAGUCAGAAGGAGCGGCAAGGAGGAGCUCUGGGGUGCAUUUGUGAGUGUGUGAGUGUGAGCGAGAGAGAGAGAGGAGGGCGCCUUGGCCGCCCUGUUUCCUGGUGCUCUGCUCUCUGACCCCAGUGGCAGUCUUCGCUCACUGCACCGCUUCUCUUCCUUCUUGGCUCCCCUUUCGCCCUCGCUCUCUUUCUGUGUUUCUUUCUCCCCGGCCCAGGCUCCUCUCCUUUCUUCCCCCUCCCAGCCCUUCCUUCCUUGCUUCCUCCCUCCCUCCCUCCCUCCCUCUCUGCCAGGCUCUCCUUUGCACUGCGGAGGCCCUCGGGGGUCGAAGGUGCUGCCCUCCCUGCCAAGCCUUCGCCUCCUCCGCCUCUUCUCCGGCGGCCAAGCGGCUCCUCCUCGGCACGGCUUCACCUCCGCCUCGCUCUGCCCUCAUGGAUCGGCUCCUUCCUCAGCACUGAAGACAUCCUCGGGAAGACCCAGCCGCGGCCAGGAUUCUCCCUUUCCCAAUAUUGUUGUUGUUAUUCAAAAAAAGAAGAAGGAGCGAAGACGUCUGCAGAGUUCAUGAGGACAUCUCUAAGUUACAACGUUGGCUGAAACACAAUGCCCACCUCCGUCCUUUGCUCUGGAAAGUUGUAAGUUGCUCAUGUCUAUAAAGAGGAAGCAUGGCUCAUGGAAUUCCUUCACAAGGCAAAGUUACCAUUUCAGUGGAUGAAUACAGUUCAAAUCCAACCCAGGCGUUCACACAUUACAACAUUAACCAGAGCAGGUUCCAGCCUCCACAUGUACACAUGGUUGAUCCGAUUCCAUAUGACACCCCGAAACCAGCAGGCCACACACGGUUUGUCUGCAUCUCGGACACACACUCCAGAACAGAUGGAAUCCAGAUGCCUUACGGAGACAUCUUGCUUCAUACAGGGGAUUUCACUGAGUUGGGCCUGCCUUCUGAGGUUAAGAAGUUUAAUGACUGGUUAGGAAACUUGCCAUAUGAAUAUAAAAUAGUGAUUGCUGGGAAUCAUGAACUGACAUUUGAUAAAGAAUUCAUGGCAGACCUUGUCAAACAGGAUUACUACCGCUUUCCUUCUGUGUCCAAAUUGAAACCAGAGGACUUUGACAAUGUUCAAUCACUUCUGACAAACAGUAUUUACUUACAAGAUUCUGAGGUAACAGUCAAAGGAUUUCGAAUAUAUGGCGCCCCUUGGACACCAUGGUUUAAUGGAUGGGGCUUUAACUUACCCAGAGGUCAAUCUUUGUUGGAUAAAUGGAAUCUUAUUCCUGAAGGCAUUGACAUAUUAAUGACCCAUGGACCUCCUCUUGGUUUUCGAGACUGGGUUCCAAAGGAACUGCAAAGAGUUGGCUGCGUGGAACUGUUAAACACAGUACAAAGGCGAGUAAGACCAAAACUUCAUGUCUUUGGUGGAAUCCAUGAAGGUUACGGCAUUAUGACAGAUGGUUACACAACGUACAUUAAUGCCUCAACAUGUACAGUCAGCUUUCAACCAACCAACCCACCAAUUAUAUUUGACCUUCCAACCCCGCAAGGAUCAUGAAGCACUACUGCGUUGGGAGGUCUAUAAACUGCCAUUUUUCUAAUUAAAAAAUACGUUCUCCUAACAUGUUUCUUUACAAUGAUGUGGGUUUUUUUUGUAAAUUGUUGGUACAAAAGAAAAAAAAAUAGAGGUUGUGCUUUUGUGGGCGGGGGGAAUGCAGCAUCCAUUUGAAAUUUUAAGCAAAACAUUGUGAAUUUGUAAAAUGAAGUUUUAUGUUUUAUUAAUUAUCUUGCCAUUGUAAAUUGUUAGUGUUCUCAAAGGACAGCCAAGCUUUCUUUUAAUGAAUGAGACACCUUAUUUUAAUAUUAUUAAAUAAAAUUUAAAAGGCAGUGUUUAAAAAAAACACACCCAAAUUUGCACAACUGUUAUUGUUUGCAUUUUUUUAAAAAAAUAUUACUAAUGAUAAAAUGCCACCCUCUCCUCUUCUUUACUUUUAAAUAAGAUUUUGUUUGUUCCUGCACAUAUGUGGGCCACAAUCCAGCACAGAAUGAGAUGUAUAAACCCAAUGAAAGAUAUGGGGUGUGGCUGUAGAGCCCUAAAAGAGGAUGUGGAAUGGCCAUUCAUUUUGGUAGAAAAUGGGCUGAAUUUGAGUAUAUACAUGAGCUCCCUCUGUUGAGAAGAAUGAAGAAUUCCUUCUUACCUACAUCCAUUGGACCUCCUAUGCCCACUGCCAAUUGCUAGGUCAGGGGUUAAUCAAUUUGUCCACCAAUAUAUUUGCAUACUGUAUACUGCUAGCAGUAAUGCAUCACUAAAGGCGGGAAACAGCCUUCUAGAUUUAGUUUGUCUCUGCCUGCUUUAAUGACAAAUUAGAUAGUGGCAUCUUGUAUGCAAUUAUCUAAAUCGUCAAUAUUUGGGUGAAUUUCUUAAAUUAUUUUAGCUUUAAAAAAUACGGGAAUGAAAACUGCAAUGAGCAGGUGUUCCAUGCAGUAAAAACAUGUAAAUGUGGACUCCUUUUAAAUAUGGAUUUAUAUAUAUAUAUAUAUAUAUAUAUAUUGUGCAUUAUAACGAAGUGAGGCAUUUAAUGUUGCCAGUGUAGCAUCUGCAAGAUUAUGCUGUACAGCACGUCUAAAUUAUGACGGAUGUGACAUGUUUCUUGUCAAAGUGCUCAAGGCCUUCAAGAGCUCGAGUUUAAAAUCUUUGUGCAGUUUCAAGCAUGUAUAGAAUUAAACAAAUACAAUCAAGCCUAACUAAAAUAAGGCUUUGUUGUCCUUUAUAUUUAAAAUAUUAUUGAAUUGUCUUUCCAUUUCUUUCCCCUCCUUUUUUUGCACUGUGUGUAAAUGCAAUCUUGCUAGCACAAAAUAUUGUUGCAAAUAGAUAUUUCUGUUCUACCACUGUAAAUGCUAUUGAGCUUUAUUCUGUUCUAUGUUAUCUUCAUGGAAUUUAGGAAAGCAGUUGUUUCUUUAAAUUUAUUGCGAUAUUAUAUAUCUAGCGGCCUUUAUAUGCAAAUAAAAUUGCAAGAUUUUUAAA